AUGCUGGGAUCUGCGAGUCCAAGUGCCUUCCUGCGCCUAGCUACCUUCCUUGCUGACGAUCAUUACGCGUUCCUCUCGCAGCUCACCCUUGACAAGAUAGCAAGGGUCCUCAAAUCCUUAACCCAAGCUACGAAAUCCAGGGAAUCUAUUUCCCGGACCACAAAGCAUGCGCUCAUUGUCGUGGAUCUCGUCCUGAAAAAUUCGGGUCAAUUGCCUCUGGUCGGACCACGAGAAUGUCCUAACGGCGACCGUAUAUCCCGGCUUUAA